AUGAACAUCCCAAUUCCUCGGGAUAUCAAGAUCUCAACAGAAAAAUAUAAUGGCAAGGGGGAUCCCCAAGAGCAUCUGGAACAAUUCCAGACAAACAUGAUGGCACAGGAUGUGGCAGAUCCAAUAGCAUGUCGACUGUUUCCGACAACCCUAAAGGAGACAUCACUUAGGUGGUACUCAGCGUUGCCACCUAAUUCGGUGCAAAGUUGGGACGACCUAACCAACCAAUUCCUCAUACGAUUUGCAACGAGCAAGGCGCAAUACAAAUCUACGCACGCGUUAAAAACUGUGCGUCAAGGAUCUAAAGAAACCUUGCGUGAUUAUCUAAACAGAUUCUUCGAUGAAGCACUUUUGGUCAGAGAUUUGGAUUCACAAGUCUCACUACACAUCAUUACUGAAGGACUAGUUGAAGGCCCUUUCUCCAUGUCGCUAGCCAAACAGCGACCGCGCACCAUAGAGGAAUUGCGCUCACGAUCAGAAAAAUUCAUCAACCUCGAAGAUUACAAGCGCUCACGAGAAAUUUCUUACACCAGGGCCAACACAGACAACUUUGAAAGAGAUGUCCAUAAGAGUUUUCAACGAAAAUUUCGUGAAAAAAGAAAGUGGGAAAAGUAUGACAAUUACACCUCUUUAAACACCUACCAAAGACGUAUUCUGAAGGAAGUAUUCCAAACAGGGUAUGUACGGGUCAACAGGCAACCCCCAAUGCCGCAAGGAGUGCAGCGUGAUGAAACUAAAUUUUGUGAAUUUCACAAUGACAAAGGUCAUAUAACUGAUGAAUGCCUCGCGCUCAAAAAUACCAUUGAGGCACUCAUACGAGAAGGAAAACUCCAGGAGUUCAUUUCCAGUUGCAGGGAGUAUAAGGCGCUGAGGAGGCGCGAUAGAAGUCCAGACCACGACCCAAAUUCCAAUGAACAAAGGGCGUAUCCCAGGAGAAACUAUAACCUUGCUCGUAACAAUGAUCAAAGAAGAGCAACUCUGACUGACAGACGUCAGGGAUCUCCACCGCGAAAUAGACAGCGAACCACGUAG